AUGGCUGCACUUACUGAACGUGCUCAAGAAAUUUUUAACCUAAAAAUACCAGGUCAACAAACACAAAGGGAAAAAAUUUUGUGGAUGCAGCAAAAUCGAAUGCAUGGAACUUGGGCGAAAUGCUUUCAGUGUGAAAAGUGGAGAUAUUUAAAGAAUAUUUUUGACCCAGUUGAUAUACCCGAUAAAUGGCAAUGCUCCAUGAAUCUAGAUAAUAAGUUUAAUUCUUGUGAGAAACCACAGUCGCACUUCAACAAUAAUGCUGUAGUUAGAUUAAAAUUUACAGCUGGGUCACUGGUUUGGGUUAAUUCUGCUAGGUACUCAAGAUGGCCUGGUAUGGUUGAUGAUGAUCCAGAACUCGCUCAAUUUUAUUGGUUGAGUCCUCAUGACCAUGGUAGAAAAGCUUGUAUGUAUCACAUAGUAUUCAUCGAUGUGGAUUAUAAAAAUACGUCUAGACAGUGGUUUUCAGAGAAUGAGUUAAUCGCAUUUACGUGGUAUAAUUCGCAGGCAGUUCCUGGAAAGCUAUCUCGCCUAAUGGAGAGUGUACGUAUUGCAAGAGAAGCAUUAGACAUGAAUGUUUUCCAGAGGUUGCAGAAAUUUGGUUUUGCUAGACUAUACAGAGAUCACAUUUUUAGCUUUGGUCAUGCAAUGCGAUCAUUGGUUGUUUCAGAAGGACAGGAAUUGGAUUAUGAAUCAGAUUGUACUUUAUUAUCAUGUUCAGAUACUGAAGAUGAAGAAUACUACGAGAGUUUAAGAGCAGGUUAUCCGAGUGGGUUCUGCUCAAGAAAAAAAAGAGGUGUGAUAUCCCCUUAUGAGUAUUUUGAAAGAUCAAAGGAAAAAGAAAUGUCAUUAAAAUCAAAUUCUCACUCGAAAAAGAAUAAUAGAACUGGAAGAGCUACCUCUGUCGUUCCGAGUGAAAAUGACUUUAGAAAAAGUGGCAGAGCUUCUUCUGUUGGUCCGAGUGAAAAUGAUCUUAAAAAGAGAAGAAGAGCUUCUUCUAUUGGUCCGACUGAUAAUGAUCAUAGAAGAGAAAGAGCUUCCUCGAUUGGUUCAAAUGAAAAUACACUUCAAAGAAGAAAUUCAUUAGAUUCUGGAUCUCAUAGGAGGACUCCUAUUGUUCCGAAACAUAAAACACCUCAGAAAAGAGAAAGAUCUUCGUUGGUCUCUCCUAAGAAAAAUCUUUCUCAAAGAAAAACCUCUGUGGCUUCGGAAGAGAAUAAAAAAAGACGCUCCAAUGGCUCCUUGGAGUAUAGGGACCUUGAAAGGCCCUCAUCAGUAGUGCAGGAUGAUUUCCAUUCAAGAAAUAAAAGGACCACAUCAGUUGUUCACGACAUUGAUUCGUACCCUAAGAAUAAAAGGGCUUCAUCGGUUGUGCGUGAUACUGACUCUAAAUCUAGAUACAAAAGAGCUUCAUCAGUUGCCCCCGAUAUUGACUCUAGAAAGAAAAGAGCUUCAUCAGUUGUUAGCGAUGUCGACUCUAAAUCUAGGUACAGAAGGGCUUCAUCAGUUGCUCCUGAUAUUGACUCUAGGAAGAAAAGAGCUUCAUCAGUUAGCCAUGUCGACUCUAAAUCUAAAAAAAAAAGAACUUCAUCAGUUGACUCUGAUAACGAUUCUAAAUCCAGCAGAAAAAGGUCUUCAUCCCUUGUCCGCAGUAUUGACUCCGAUUCAAGGAACAAGCAAGCCUCAUCAGUAUCACAUGGUAAACAUUCUGCAAAACAAUCCAGAGGAAGAAGAGCAUCCUCAAUUACACCAGAUAGUUUUUUUGAAUCUGAACAUAAAAACAAGACAGCACCUUCAUUUCCUAAUGACUCAUCAGAAAAUGAUAGAACAAAGAGGAAAGCCGCUUUGUCUGCUCCUGAUAACUAUUUUAAAUCUGAAGGAAGCAGUAAGAAAUCUAGAUCAACAUCGCUUAAAGAAAAUUCUGAAAAAACACCAAGAAAGUCUUUAGAUUCUUCUGGAGACUAUUCCAAUUCUUAUUCAAGAAGAAGGUCUUCUUCAGUUGUAGACAGUUAUGCAGAAAAGGGAAGAGCAUCAUCCACUACUCCCAGUUAUAAUUACGAAUCCAGUUCAAGGAGCAAAAAGGAUUCUUUUGUCAAUUCUAGAGAGCGUCUAUCUAACUCCAGAAGCAGAAAGGAUUCUUCUAAAGUUGCUAAUGAUUUUUCUGAAAACAAAAUGGGAAGAAGAUCUGCUUCUGUUACUCCUUUUGAUGAUUGUGAAACAAGUCAAAGGCGUAAAAGAGCUUCUUCUGUUGCUCCUGUUAGACAUCGUGAGUCCAUUUCAAGGGGUAGGAGGAGUUCUUCUAUUGCUCCUGUAGGCUAUGAUCAUGGUGAUAAAACUCAGAGAAAGAAAAAAACUACACCAACUGUAUCUAUUUCACCUGGUGGUUACCAUGAUAAAGAAGCAUCAAAGCCCUAUUUAUCUGGAUCUAAUUAUUGCACGACAACACCAAGAAAGAAAACAACUGCUCCAUGGUCCCACCUUCAUCAUCAUAAUCAAGAAAAACCAGAAUUCUAUUUAUCUGGACCUAGGCGACAUUCUGUUUCCGGAGAUUUUAAGAAAAGAACUCCUAAGACAAGUAAUCCUUCUGGAAGGCUUUUAAGAAGUCAAACAAGAAGUAGUGAAGAUGAUGUUAAAGAAAAUAAUAGUAAUUCUAACAUGGAUGUGGAUAAUGACUUGAGAAAUAUGAACAAUAGUUUAGUAAUACCAAAUACUCCUGUAUCAAGCAGUACACCAAUAUCAAAUAGUUAUCCUACGAACGUACCUCUAUAUGGGCAUGGAUUGAUGAGGAGAACAGUUUAUGAGAUAACAACCAAAAGAUGGAAAUUUACUGGCCCAAAUGGAGAAUCUUACUAUCAAGAUUUAGUUACGGAAUCACACAGUAGCAAUUCAAGACCAUUUUAGGACUUUCUAAAAAAAAAUUUUAAUUGAUGUUAAAAGAUCAUUCAUUUUAGAUUUUAUGAAGUGUUUUCUUGAUAAUAAAUCAUUUUAUUAUGUUUUUAACUUCUUUUUUUAAUCUCCCUUUUUCUUUUUGUAAUAAUGCUUAAGUUUAGCAACAGCUGUGUC